CUAGUAGAGUUCGAGUCCCGCCCACAUCUGGUGACACCAGUCGGCGGUCUUGCUACUUAAGGCGCCGUGGUCUCGUCCGCCCCGCCUUAGCUCCCGCGCUAGAGAGAAACAUGCAUCGUUUCCGAUCACAGCUCUUCACGGGGAUUUCUGCAGCCGCCAGCGCCCACUCUCACCCACGCCGCUUCUCGCCCCUGUUGUUAUCCGAAGCCUCGCCUCUCAGCCGCCCGCCGCACAGACGCACGAGUAGAAAGUGCAGCUCCAUCGGCUGA